AUGCUCCUUUCUCCCUUAUUUAUCCACAUAAGAAACGCGAAUAAAAUGGAAAUUGAAAUCGAUAUUAAAUCCAAGGAAAUCCCUCCUUCUAAAUGUCAAGUUUUGGAAGGUCACACGCGACCUGUAUAUUCCUGUGUGUGGUCUCCGACAUCGGAUAUUCUUGCCACGGGCUCCGGAGACUCCUCCGUCCGCCUCUGGAAAUCGCAAGAUGAUUCCACCGCAUUGGUUCCAGGAAGCGUGAUGACGCACUCUCUGCUCUCCCAAGGAACCAACGACAUCACCUCGCUAUCCUGGAGCUCCUCCGGGGAGUUUCUCGCCUCGGCUUCCUACAACGGCGAAGUCAAAAUCUGGUCGAAUUCUGGAAUUGCCCUUUCCAGCCUUCCCUCGUUCGCUCGCCCGGUCUUCGGCGUUUCCUUCGCUCCUUCGUCGAACCGCCUGCUCGUCACCGGCGCUCUGCCCUCGUUUUUCAUUUACUCCUUGCAGGCCGAUCGCUCGCUGGCGCUCGAAACCGACGUGGCGAAGAUCAACGAGCUCGAGCGCAGCGUCGGCGGCGGAUUUGAGCUCCCGGCGAACAACGUGAUUCUGCAGGCGGCGUGGCGAGACGACGCGUUUGUGACGCUGGUGGACAAUUCGAAUCGAAUUCUCAACCUCCGCCUCGAUGCUUCCGCGGGGAAAACGUGCAUCCAGGUGCUGGGGGAAAUCGGCACGCUGGAUUGGACGUGCGACAAAAAAGUCCUGAUUUCUGGAGGAGAUGAUGGAGUGAUCAAGCUGUGGAAUGAGGAUCGGAAUGAGAGUAUCUUCGAUAUCUUAUCGCAUACCGCGGUUAUUAAUCAAGUUUUGGCGUCACGAACAUCGCCCAAUCAUUUUUUCUCAUGCAGCAACGAUCGCACUAUCAAAAUCUUCGAUAUUCAGCAGGUUUCCACGGUUUCCACGUUAACUCCCCAUGACUCGGUUUUGGCCUCUUCGGGACUGGAUCGGAUGGUGUAUUUGUCGGAUUUGCGAACGAAGGGAGUGGUGAGGAACUAUCGAACGAGUAGCGAUGUGUUCGAUUUGGCGUUCUCGCGGGAGGGAAGCCGGCUGAGCGUGGCAACGAUGGACUCGCAGGUGGUGGUUCUUGAUAUUCGCGUGUAG